UCAUGUAGAUACAUAUUUAGUUACAAUAGACCAGCGAGAAUUAGUGUAAACACGUAAUGGUUCAAGAUAUUCCUGUGGCAAUGAUUUUAAUGUCAUGAUGAAAACAUACAAACAAAAUGAAACAUUUAGCUAGAUAACUAAAUGCUAUCAGCUCGCUGAUAAAUAAACCAUGAAGUUUUGACAUGGCUCAUGAAAAACAUAUGCCUUUUCACAAUGGGCCAUGGGGCUAUGAAAAUUAUUUUGGAUAAAUUUACAUAUCCUCCGCCGCCAGUCGUAGAUACUUUAUGACAUGUCCCUUAAUGUAGAUGAAUUAAUUCAAUUUGAUACUUAUUUCCAUAGCCAAAGUUGUUUUGACCAUAUCUUUUACAAAAAGACACGUUUUCAUAAAUCUAAGGAAUUUUUCUGAAAUCUGAGGAAUCAAAUGAGACCUCAUCAAUUAUACUUCUUUAGUUCUCAGUUCCCUCAGUUCCUUUUCCAGCGCUGAAUACGAGGUCAGUCUAAAAGAGUUGUUAGGCAGGCCAUCUUGCCUGCGCUUCACGCUCUCCACUGACAAAAUGGAUCUUUUCCUCGAAAGAAGUUCUGACAGCAGUGACAGUGCAUUUGUUGGCAUACGUUUUUGCCAGGAAUGCAAUAAUAUGUUGUACCCAAAAGAAAAUAAAGAAGACAAGAUUCUCCUUUAUGCUUGCCGAAACUGUGAUUAUCAAGAAAGGGCAACUAAUAGCUGUAUUUAUGUGAACAGAGUUGUGCAUGAUGUCAAUGAGCUGACCCAGAUAAUUGCAGAUGUUGUGGCAGAUCCAACAUUACCACGAACACAAGAACACACCUGCCCAAUGUGUGGUCAUAACGAAGCAGUUUUCUUCCAGUCACAGUCAAGCAAAGCAGAUCAUAUGAGGCUUUACUAUGUUUGUACAGCAACAAACUGUGGACACAAAUGGUCUGAGUAAAGUGGAUUCUAAAGUUCUAUUGAGCAGCAUUUGAAGCGUGCUUUGUUGCACGUGGUUAAAGGAAAAACACCUGAAUUCAGUCUCCUCUGUAGCAGAUAUACUUGUGUCACUGAAGGUGGAAUUUUUGAAAGACUCGUGUAUGAUGACAUUUUAGGUAUUCUGUAAAAACUAAUCCCUUGCAACAUCUAUUAGGUGUUGAUGAAAAUGAAUCCUUAAUAUGUCAUACCAAGCAGUCUUGUAGUAAAUUAUGUUAUCUUAUUUCUAAGUCAGAAUAUUCUUUGAAAGUUCUGAAUUUUCAUUGCAAGUUGCUUUUUCCAAUUGAUGCCUCCGUCAUCAGGGAUAGAAUAUGAGCAAGCUGAGAUAUUAGCUAAAAGUUUUUCUACAUUUUGUGAGGUAACAACAUGAUAUCAUGAAGUGAUUAGUAACAACCUAGCUAACCGAAAGCCAUUAAUUGUGCUUUUAAAUUCUUUAGAGCUACAAAUUGACAAUUUCUACUAAAGAAAGGCUCCACUCUUAGGCAAGGAGAGCAAAUCGCUGUUUUAGUAUAAACCAUAUAACUUAUCUAUUUUGUGUAAUUUUGGCAUCCUCAAUAACUAAUCUGUUUAAAGCUUUCUUGAAUACUGUAAUUUUUAUCUCUUAAUUCACAAGACGCUUCUUUUAGCUUAGCCUUGCACAUGUUGCCUAAAUUAAACGGUUGAGAGCAUCACACUUUCUUAUGCAAUGUAAAAGUCAUUAUAACCAACACUGAAAAUCGAAUUAAAAAACUAUUCUUUUUAAAUACGUUUGUAUCCUAAUGUCAUUAUAAAUUCAAGAUUUCUUCACUUGUCGUAAAUAUACUUUAUAACACAAUCUAUA